CUUCCAACUAUCUCCUCUUCACUCUCUAUUUCAUACACUCAUACACUUUCCCACACAAAACAAUAGAAAUACUUCACAAAAUGAGUCUCAGACUUGGUGAUGUUGCUCCCGACUUCGAGGCAGAAACGACGGCCGGUAAGAUCAAGUUCCAUGACUGGCUCGGCGACUCUUGGGCUAUUCUUUUCUCUCACCCGGACGACUAUACUCCCGUGUGCACUACCGAGCUCUCGGCUGUCGCUCUUUCUUACGCCGACUUCCAAUCCAGGGGAGUGAAGCUCAUCGGUCUCUCCGUCAACGAUGUCAACUCCCACGAAGGCUGGAAGAAAGACAUUGAACACCUCGUCCCUGACGGCCCUUCUGUGGAAUUCCCAAUCAUCGCCGACAAGGAUCGUAAGGUGUCGGAGCUUUAUGGCAUGCUCGAUCAUCUCGAUGCUACCAACGUGGAUGCAAAGGGUUUACCCUUCACAGUGAGGACGGUGUUCAUCAUCGAUCCCAGCAAGAAAAUCCGUUUGUUCCUCGCCUACCCCGCCUCGACCGGACGAUCGUUUCCUGAGAUCCUUCGUGUGAUAGAUUCACUUCAGCUCGGAGACAAAUACAAGAUCACCACUCCUGCCAAUUGGAACAUCGAGGUGAACGGCAAAAAGGAAGAGCGUGUCAUUGUGCACCCCAGUGUGCAAGGGGAAAAUGUCAAGAAACUCUUCGGAGACAACGUCGAGAUUAUCUAUCCUUACCUUCGUUUCACUCCUAACCCGGAGAAGACUAAGGCCAGUGCGUGAAUCACGGUGGGCAAGUGUGCAGAUCAAGUGAUCCAAGGUGUCAUAUGAGGAAUUAAAUGUCACAUCUGGUCUUUAUCCUUGGCGGGUUGCAUCUCGAUAAUG